AUGGCAGCCCUCGACGGCGAGAGAACACACGCACCAGACCCCGGGAUCACCAGACGGAGAGCCGUUGGAGCCAAGAGGCGCCUGGCACCCACCAUCUGCCACCACGAACUCGAAGACCAAACGCUAACUCUCAAAGACUACCAGGGAAACCGCAUCUCUGUAGUCGGAAGAGGCCACUUCAAAAUCACCUUCAAGGACCGCACUGAAGUGCUACCCCUGACGAUCGUCGACCGAGAUCGACCGAGCCUAUUGGGACUGCAGUGGUUCGCGCCCCUAGGCAUCGAGGUAACCGGAAUCCACCACGUCGAAGAGGCAGACUGGGAAGCAGCACUCGGCUGUAUACUUUGGGGGGACAGAGUGGUAAUCCCGGAUAAACUACAGGAAAGGGUGCUGGGAAUGUUGCAUGAGGGACACCCGGGAAUGGUUAAGAUGAAAAGCGUGGCCAGAAGCUACGCAUGGUGGCCAGGAAUAGACAAACAGAUCGAAACCUGGGUAGCUAAAUGCAAACAGUGCCAAGAAUCCAGACCAAAUCCUCCCGCCGCCCCAAUCCAAGAGUGGGAAACGCCAAGAGGUCCGUGGUCUAGGAUUCACAUAGACUUCGCGGGGCCAACCAAGGGACACAUGUACCUUAUCACAGUAGACGCUUACUCCAACUGGUUGGAAGUAAGCACCAUGAAAUCGACCACAACAGAGGCGGUAAUAAAGAAACUAAAUAAACUCUUUGCCACACACGGCCUGCCAGACGUGCUAGUGUCGGACUAUGGGCCCCAGUUUACCGCACUAGCAUUCGAACAAUUCUUGGCAGGCCAGGGCAUACGCCAUGCAUUAACCGCGCCUGCAAAUCCGGCGGCGAAUGGGCGGGCAGAACGCAUGGUCCAAUACACGAAGAAAACCAUCCAGAAAAUAGAAGCAACCAACAUACAGGACAGAAUUAAUAAAAUGCUCCUCAUUCAACACAUUACACCUAGCGCGACCACAAACAGAAGCCCGGCAGAACUAAUGAUGGGCAGAAAACUAUGGUCGACGCUUGACAGAAUGCACCCAAUAUAUAACCCGGAAAAACCUCCGGGUUCCUCUAGCAAACUCAGAAAAUAUAACAUAGGGGACCUAGUAUAUGCAAAAAACUUAUCUGGGGAACCACUCUGGGUACCAGCAACAAUAACACAAAUAACCGGCCCCCUAUCAUACCAGCUAGAAACAAGCGACGGAAAAAACUGGAAAUGA